UUAGUACGAGGACGAGGACGGAGACCGGGUGGUGAUGGCGUCAGACGAAGACCUGCACGUUGCUCUCGCUGCUGCUGCUGCGGCGGCGGCUCACCACUCCCAGGCUCGGCCCCCUCUGCGACUGCAUUUGGAUACCACAGAAGCCCCUCCUCUCCCCUCACACACCCACACCCCUCUUAAGCACCUCCCCAGCUCAACCCUCCCCACUUCCACCUCCCCCAGACACACUCUCCCUGCCACUGCACCCCAUCCUUCCACUUCUGCUGCUUCCCACUCUGCUCCUCCUCCCUCCAUGGCACUCUCUCUCCCUGCUCCACGAAGAGAUUCCGAGUGUGGGGAGGCAAGGCAACCGGCCCAGCGGUGUGCUGUGAUGCACAAGUCAUGCCAGCAGCAGCAGCAGCAUCAAUGGGGGCAGGUACAGGAACAACGGCAGGAUUUUAGAGCUAAGCCUGUGGGUGAGCAGUGUCACAAAGCAGGCGAGGCCAGGGGAGGAGGACUAGAAUGUGUGGGCUCACAAGGCGAUCCACAGAGGUGCGCCCAAAAUGGAUGUGGCUUCUGUGUGCAUACCCAACCACACGAUGUAAUGGAGAAGAGCAUGUGGGGCCUUGCGGCUUGGGACUCGAGAACAGCGGCGUAUGCAAGUGGAGUGCUGAUGGUGGCAGCAGCUGCAUGUGCUGCAGCUGCUGUGAUUGGGACGAGGAGCAACCAUUCCUGAUCAUUCAUAUCCUGGUAUGGUAUACUAUGCUUUUGGGGUUGCGAGCAAUGAAAGCGAAUGGAGGGAAAUCUAGCUUUAAAACCCCAUGGCAAAGUAGAAGAGGGGGGUGUCAAACAUAUAUAUAUAGGUUAUGUUUGUAUAGACUGUAUAGGUUCAUAUCUUAGAGGGUACAACACUUAGGCUUAUACCCUUGUACCGAUUUCUCUCGACAUUCAAUUCUACGUU